AUGGUGAAGUUUCACAACUCGGAUCUAUGGAUAGCCUGGAUGGUGCUUUUCUGCAUGGGGGUGUGUGUGGGCGCCCUGGACGUGACCGUGUCCCAGAGCAGUGUGCAGGUGGCUCGGGGCCAAGCUGCCGUCCUGCCCUGCUCCUUCACCACCAGCGCCGCACUCAACAACCUCAACAUCAUCUGGAUGGUCAUCCCGCUGUCCAACGCCAACCAGCCCGAGCAGGUGAUAAUCUACCAGAAUGGGCAGGUGUUCCCGGUCUCCACCCAGCUCAAAGGUCGUGUGGGUUUUUCUGUGGUCAUGCCCAGCACAAGUGCCUCCAUCAUCAUCAACAACACUCAGCUGUCGGACACAGGGACCUACCAGUGCCUGGUCAACAACUUCCCCGACGGAGGAGGGCGCAACAUUGGGGUCGUAGGGCUCACCGUCCUGGUGCCCCCCUCGGUGCCCGCGUGCCGGAUCCAGGGCACCCUUGACGUUGGCAGUGACAUCACGUUGUUCUGCAGCUCAGAGGAAGCCAUCCCCACCCCCUCCUACUCCUGGGAGAAAGUGGACGCCCUCCCAAAACUGCCCCACAAUGCCAUGCAAGACCAGAUGCAGGGAACUGUUACCCUCAGAAACAUCAGCACCAGCACCUCAGGACUUUACCAGUGCACCUCCAGCAACACCAUCGGAAAAAGCACCUGUCUGCUCGACGUGCAGGUCCUAGCACCUCAGCCUCAGAGCGUGGGUCUAAUCGCAGGGACCAUUGCCACGGGGGUCCUGGCCGUCAUCAUCUGUGCUCUGUUAGUGGUGGUCUCAUUGUUUUACUGGAGAAACAAGAACAAAUAUGAUGAAGAGGAGAUUCCCAAUGAAAUCAGAGAGGACGAUCUUCCUCCAAAGAGGUCUUCUUCAGUGAAGGCAUUUCACGCAGAUGCCUCGUCCUCUGAGAACGACACUCUGACCUCCACCAACACCUACAACAGCCGCUACUGGCACAACCCCAAACCCAACUACGACACCAACUCUUACACACGCUACAACGGAGACACAAGGCAGACCUUCUCUACUGCCCCUGCUCCCGCUCAGAGCUCCACAGUGUUUGCUAACGGCAGCCACACACUGCCCCCUCCUAAGACUCUGGUGGUCACCACAAACUCCGCCCCCUCCCCUCCCGCCAUCCGCUCUAACGGCUCUGUGAGCCUGAAGCCCGUGGUCACGUCCACACACGGGCAGCACACACACUCAUACGCUGUGAGCCAGGCCACAUUGGAGCGCAUGGGGGCAGUGCCAGUGAUGGUGCCCGCACAGAACAGAGCAGGCUCCCUGGUCUGA